CAUUUGAAUAACCUCGAUGCCGUAGUAAAGGAAGGGCUCCGCCUCCGUCCCGCAUAUUGCAAACCGAGCGUGUUGCCGUCAAAGACGAUGUGAUACCCCCCCUGAGCAAGCCCAUUUCACCGCGAAUGGUGAGACACCACGUCUCCGCGUUAAAGCCGGCCAGUGCAUACGAGGAUUUCUCCGACCUCCAGCGCGCAACAGAUGGACAGAGUGGCCUCUUUUCCACAGUAUGUCACUCUUGCGGCAUAAAAGAGGGUGAAUACUACAGCACAAGGCGAUGGACAUAUUCUCUUGCCUCUUCCUCCCGCGAAGAUUUCGAUGACGCAGAUAGGGUCCUCCAAAUCAUCAUGUGGCUUUCCAUGCAACGAUAUUCUAGUCGCGUAAUUGGAUUGCAGAGAGACAUCGUACACCGAAGACGUGGCGCCAUCUUAAUCCUUCACCACUUUGCCGCUGCUUGGUCCAGUGCGCCUGUCGAUUUUCAGGCCAUCAAACCCGGAUACGCAGGAAGGCUACUCUCCGCUGGACCCGUGUUCGGAGCGCGCAAAGCAGCAACCUGCACCAACAACAAUUCCAAGGACAAAGCAGGGCUACCGCCGCGAGCAUUUCCGCCGACCUUCUCGUCAGAAAUGUUCCUCCGCCACUCGGCGAUCCGCCAUGCUCAACGUAGAAGCUCGAUCCUAGCGUGGACGCGCGUCUUCCUCAUCCUGCAAGGCGGCAAAUUCCUGGAGCUUGGAGCGGCGUUGACAGCGCUACGGACACAAUCAGUUUUUCCAGAACGACCCGUGUUACGGGGCCGUGUACAAGACCCAGAAGAUUCGCGCAGAGGCCUUGCUGCGCGCUCAAACCAGGAAAACCCGCGGCGCACAUCAAAGCGUAUCAGAAAUUUGUACCAAUUCGUAGCUGCUAUCAGUGUGAAUGCUGAAGAGAUCUGCAAGAUCCUUGGAAAUCGCACUCUUGUGCUCGUGUCCCUUGUUACCCAAGCGACGAUCAUGACCAUCUGACCUCGCCUUGGAGACUCGUGACACC